AUGUCGCUUACCGCCGCAUUAGCUGAUGUUCCCUUGAGCAUUGCUCUUCCCGCCGCUGCAACAGCCUUGGCCUACCUUAACGCAAAAUGCGCCCUCUACUAUGACAUGGGCCUUGUAGGCUCAGCCAUCAAAAUGAAUGUGAAAAUAAAGUUCGCCCAGCGUCGCGAUCGCAUGAAUCUCUUUUACACCCUCGAGGAUCACGCCCUUUCUCCCAAGACUGCUGGUAAAGCGUUUCUUGUAUAUAAUGGCAGAUCAUGGACCUUCCAUGCGGCGUACAUAAUGGCCCUACGAUACGGAACGUGGUUCAAAAAUACUCACGGUGUUCAGCAAAAGGAUAUUGUGGCAUUGGACUUUAUGAACUCCGAUACAUUCCUCCUCAUGACUCUUGGUCUAUGGAGCAUUGGAGCAGUCCCGGCAUUUAUCAACUACAAUUUAACCGGCAAACCUCUGACACACUCCAUUCGUACAUCGAGUGCAAAGCUGCUUAUUGUGGAUGAAGAGUUGAAAAGCUCCUUCCCACCAGAGCAACUAGAAAUCCUCUGCUCUCCUAGUUUCCGCGAUGGGAAGGGUGGAGUGAAUGUGAUUAUCGCUACUUCUGAGGUGGAGGCACAGGUUCUGGCGACAGAGCCGGCAAGGGAUGAUGACAAGGUGCGAGGUGGCUUGGUGCCACGCGAUAUGGCCUUGUUGAUUUAUACUAGUGGAACCACUGGCCUUCCGAAACCGGCCAUUGUAAGCUGGAAGAAAUGCUGGACUGGAGCUGUAUACUUCGGCGAUUGGAUUGAUCUCAGUUCAUCAGACCGCUUCUUCACAUGCAUGCCCCUUUACCACUCUUCUGCUUUUUUGCUUGGAUUCAUGCCAAGUUUAAGUUUCGGCGCUACUAUAAUCAUCGGUCGGAAGUUUUCCGCUCGAAACUUCAUGAAAGAGGCCCGUGAAAACAAUGCAACAGUGAUCCAAUAUGUGGGCGAGACACUUCGUUACAUCCUAGGUGUACCGCCGGAGAUCGAUGCGGUUACGGGCGAGGACUUGGACAAGAAGCACAACAUUCGAUUGGCAAUUGGAAAUGGUCUUCGGCCCGAUAUUUGGAAUCGCGUUAAAGACCGCUUCAAUAUCGAAACUAUUGCUGAAUUUUACACUGCCACCGAGGCGAAUUUUGGUUCAUGGAACAAGUCACGCAAUGAUUUUACCGCCGGCGCCAUUGGCCGUAACGGAUUUAUUGGAAAUAAAGUAUUCGCGCAUCGAACUGCAAUCGUGUACGUUGAGUAUGAGACACAGGAGCCAUGGCGCGACCCAAAGACUGGUUUCUGCAAGAACGUACCCCGAGGCGAGCCUGGCGAGCUUUUAUUUGUCAUUGACGCGAAUGACACCAGAGCCGAAUUCCAGGGAUAUUUCGAGAACUCCAAGGCUACCGAUAGCAAGAUUAUUCGCAACGUUUUGAAGAAGGGUGACGCGUAUUUCCGCACUGGAGAUAUGGUUCGAUGGGACUUGGAGGGACGCUGGUUCUUCUCCGACAGACUGGGUGAUACAUUCCGGUGGAAGAGCGAGAAUGUCUCCACCAGUGAAGUGGCUGAGAUUGUAGGCACCCAUCCCGAUGUACAUGAAUGCAACGUCUAUGGUGUAGCUCUCCCCCACCACGAUGGUCGUGCUGGGUGUGCUGCUCUUGUACUCAACCAGCAAAUCGCGAGCGGCAACACAUCCGAUCCGGCACUGGAGCCAUCUCGCCAAAUGCUCGACAGUUUGGCUGCCCACAUCUCCAAGAACCUUCCGCGCUUUGCAGCUCCGCUGUUCCUGCGUGUGAUGCCACAGAUGCAGUCCACUGGUAAUAAUAAGCAGCAGAAAAGUGUUCUCCGUACAGAAGGGGUGGAUAUUACGCAAGUUUCAAAGAAUGAUCGCCUGUACUGGCUACAGGACAAUACAUACACUCCCUUCGAACAGAAACACUGGGAUCGCUUGAAUGGGGGCCAAGUUCGACUUUAA